CUCGUCUCGCCUGUCGUUUCAUCCAUCCCCAAUCCACACACUUGUUACCAUCACAAUACAUCACAACGGCACCGUCCACCCCAUCAUCUCUUACCAGCUAACUCUUUUUUCUUGUCUUCCUCUUUUCUUGAUUCAACAGUCAACCAAAACAGAAUUCAGCAAGUCGUUCUAUUCAAAACUGGGUUCGCUUUCCAUCCAUCGUUUCGCUAGCCGUCUUACCCGAUCAGCUUGACUGCGCGACCUUCCUCCCGAUCAUCAAAACAAAGAGAUCAGGGUGCGUGUGAAGAGAAGGAUAUCUUAGUACUACUGCUGCGCACGGCAGCGGAGAGAAAGAAAAAAGAAGAUUGGAAAAACAGGAAGAGAUGUCGAGGCAAACCCUCUCACAGAGCCCAGCUGCGUCGCAGCCCGGCAUGGUCGACUCCCUUGAUUCUAUGCUUGACCUGUCCGGUUACGAGGACGCUGGCUACACAUCGCCAUCAAUGUCUCCCGCUGGGUCCAAGACUCCCUUCGCGAGACCAGUCAACACUGCCGUCCAGACCGCGCCCACAUCGCUGCUCUCCACCGCGCAGCCCCUGACUGGCCCUAGCCAUCAGUACGACCUCUACAAGCAACAGACCGGCAUCAUUCCCGGCGCCCUCGCCAACACUCUUCAGGUCAACCAGAACAACUCCCAGAUUACUGGCUACCAGCAGUUCGAUAUCGAUGCCUACUUUGCCAACCUGAAUGGUGUCGAGUACGGCUUCAACACUUCCCCAGCCCAGACCAUCGGCUCUUCGGACAUCGACAUCGAGUUCGAGUCUCCCUCGGGCGCCUACUUCAACGAGUCCACCAUCAACCCCAAUGCCAUCGGAGGCCAGGAGGGCCUGCCCUCGCCACCAGUCGUCUCGACCCAGAGCAACGUGGGCCGCAUGUGGCCCGGCAUGCACCAGCAGGCUGCUAUGGCCAAGGCCCAGGCUCAGCAGCGCCAGCAGCAGCAGAUUAUCGCCCAACAGCAGCAGAGGGCCAGCCAGCAGGCCGCCAAGCAGCAGCAGCGACCCAGCAAGACUGCGCAGCCCACCGACCCUAUUGUCGAGCAAAAGAUCACCCAGCUUCUGAACUCUAUGCGUGCCAGGAGCGGCGGGCCCGAGCUGGAUAACUCUCCCCUGAUGAACGUGCCUCGUCCGAAGAAGGAUGAGGACGACAUGGACGAGGACGAGAGGCUGCUGGCAAGCGAGGAGGGCAAGAAGCUGAGCAGCAAGGAGCGCCGCCAGCUGCGGAACAAGGUCUCCGCCCGUGCUUUCCGGUCCCGGAGAAAGGAAUACAUCACACAGCUCGAGUCUGAGAUUGCCAACAAGGUUACCGAGAACGGUGACCUGCGCGCCCAGAACCGGGCACUGAUUGACGAGAACAAGCGCCUGUCGGACUUGACCCGCAUGCUCCUGUCGUCGCCCUCAUUCUCGGGCUUCCUCGAGAACCUGAGCACCAACCCCUCGCAGCUUCCCCAGGCCGCGCCCCAGGUCGAGCAGCAGCAGCAAGCCCCUCGGCAAGCGCCCAAGGAUGUCAACCCCUAUGCUCAACAGCAUAUGCAGCGUCAGAACGUCGGCGUGGCCAUGAUGCCUGAGCAGACCAUGGACUUUGCUGCCUUCGGCGACUUCCAGCCUCAGGUCUACGCCGUGCUGGAGACCCCCGAGGCUCCUAUCAACAUUGACACUGCCGCUCUGUCUGGCAAGACCUCCAACUUCGUCGGCGAGUGCUUCGACUCCGAGGAUGAGAAGGUUGAGAUGCCCAUGAUCGAGCAGCCUCCGGUCGUUGAGGAGAAGGCCACUGCGCCCAAGCCCAUCGAGACGCCGGCUGUUGUCAUUGAUGACGACUUCGAGAAUGAUCCCGAGUUCGCCCUCUACCAUGACUCUCCAUCAGCCGCCACUACCGAGCCAGCUCAGUCCACCCAGAUCGACGCCGAGGAUUCGUCAGAACUUGACAUCUUUGGUGGUAUCGAGUCCGAGAAGCUCCUGGCGCGCUACGAGCUUCUCGACGCGUCGGAAGAGGAGCAGAACGCCGCGCUGGCCAUGGCUUCGGUACAGAGGCGACUAGCCAGUCUCGAGGGGUUGUGUGCGAGGUUAGACAUGCUCACUGCCGAUAUAUGAUGACCAUGACAUGGUCGUCUAUCUCCCCUUGGAUAUAUUUGUCAACAUUUUCUCUUAUCGCCAUUGUCUGUCAAACUCAAUCACAGCUACACACACAUCUUCCCUUGACGUCAAAAAUUCUCUGUAAAUGGAUAUAAGAUCUAUCGGAUUUUAACUUGUUCAAUGGCGUUUGGGCUUUGGGGUAUCUACAUGCCGAGGAAAGACCUCGAGCAUAUUAUGUUUUAUUGGUAUAGCGGUCGGCAGUCCCCAAGAUCGUGGGCUGGGGGUCGCGGAUAUGGCUCUUUUCAAGUUGAUGAGAUCAAGUUCAGGAAUAGGGCUCAUGGGAUAGGGUUGAUUUAUAAGGUGGACGUGAGUAAGUUUUUGUCACGCCACUAUUGAUAGCAUUAGAGCGCCAUUUAUUAUGGAAUAAAAAACUCAUAACUGAAAUC